AUGGCUAUCCAGUCCAACUUCAAGCGGGCGGUGCCCCAGCGGCAGCCGUCCGUACUUGCGUCGCUGCGCAGCACGCAGCUCGUGGACGAGUCCAAAGCCAUUUUGCCUGCAGAAAGAUUGACUUCAGCAGAACUCAUCAACACGAUUCUCGAUUACCUGCCGGUUUCCGACAUAUUUACCUUCGCACGCACCUCCAGACGUAUGCAAGAGAUGGUCUAUGACGAUACGCGGUGGAUACAACGGCUAAAGAGCAUGGGGUGUUGGAAUGAGAUUGAGGCAAAGCAAAGAUUUGAAGAGGCCAUGCGGAGGAAGCUAGAGGCCCAAAGAGCUGAGGAGGCACGGCGGACGGGUGUAUUACCUAUUGAGCACCCUACUGAUCUACCGCCUGGGCCAGACGAUGUGCGCAAGACCAGCAUGACGCUUUUCGAUGCUACAAUAGAAGAGGAACUGCUGCGAAAUUCUUCAGAGCAUCCUGCAAGGCCUCGAGCAACUACGCUUGACAAGGGAUUCAGCGACAUGACCUUAUCACCGUCUGGAACAUGGGCGACCUCGAACCCCUACUUGGCGAAUCCCCAAGAUGCAGUCAAUGUCCUCGCAAAGGUGCGCUCGAUUCGUGGUAUGGCUCGGCAAGAGUAUGGAAAAAUCUAUCGCGCGUUGGCCCCGUUCUACUUUGACUUGGAGAGAUCGAGAAGCCACACGGAUCCCAUACUUUUUCGGACCUAUCGCGAUCCUGAGCAACAGGCUCAGAUGUUGGCACAGUUGAAGAUCUUUGCGAAAAGCGACUUCGCACAGGGCUGGCAUCAGCGCGAGGAAAAAUUGGAUACCAUGACGGGCAUCUUCGAAAACGCCGUGCUUAGAGAGUUUGAGCAAGGUUGUGCGGAGAAAGAUUAUGAUGGUCGCAUGAAGCGAUUUGCUACUGUGUUGGUAGCUCUGAAUGGAGGUUCAGCAUGCCUGGACUCAUUCAUCCACAAUCAUCCCUUGAUGCUUGAAAAGGAGAAAUUGGGCAAUCCCACGGCAUGCUUACGACCUGAAAGCAUCAAUCAAUUGUCUCUGGAACCAUCACACGAUUUCUUUAGAGGACUGGCGACUGCGCUCAACGAAGAAGCAAAGAUUAUUGACCGUGUUUUCCCUCCCUCGGUUGAUGUAAUGCAAAUUUUCCUUGAGCGAGUUGCAGAUGAUGUCGUUGCAGAGUACAUCACCUCGUUGUUUGAUGAAGCCCACGAUGUAAACGUUGAAGUGUACUUGAAGGCAGUUGCUGGCAUCUUUGAACAAGCAAUGCAACUAGCAAUAUCUUUGCAGCCUACCAAAGGAGCCAGACCGGACUUUUGCGACCAAGCGAUACGCAUCAUAUCUCGCUGUUUCGAGCAACACAUUGAUCUCUACCUUCAAGAGGAAUUGGACUUCUUCAAGAAGAAAACGACAUCCGAGGUUGACGCAUGGGAAAAGAGACUAUCAGAAGAGGAGCAAACCACGGAGACCUUCUUCAUGGCAAACGUCAACCGAAAAGCUGUGAAGCAAGACUUUUUGUCAUCUUUUAAAAAGGUGGUCAUGAUGCCUGUGAACGUGCUGCCUACUAUUGGUGGCUCCAGCGCAGGUAAAGCCUCAAAUCGAGCAAGUGUGGUCAACGGUAGCAGCACUCUUGAGCCCAGUUCGAGAAGUGGGACUCCUGGUCCCGGCGAUCGAUCGCCCAUGCCACGAGUCGAUGCCCCGACCACGGAACUCGCGGCCAAAGCGGCCAUCAUGAACUCACGAUUAGAAGGCAUCCGGUCGUUGUUUAGCAUCGAGGUUGCUUUGAAUUUGACGCAUCUGGCAAAAGCGAGUCUGGAACGAGCGGCACGAUUUGUUAGACUCGGAGGGCAGUCAGGUGAAGAGGCGCGAGAGCAAUGCGAACAGGUCUUUAUCCAUCUCGUCCAGAUUCUCGGCCAACGCCACAUGAAAUUGGGCUUCGAUAAAGCCGUCACCCAUUUGGCAGAUUAUAAGCCACGGGAGGUAGCCGACCAUAGCAAGGAUGGCGUGGCACCAUUAGUAGCCUUUCUCGAGCUGGUCAACGUGGGAGAUUUGAUCCAGCAGAUGGUUGAAGUUUUUUACCACCAGGAACUUUUGGCUGCCAACCUGACUGAUCGUGACGAGUUCCUCAGUCUUGCAGCGAAGGAGAAGAAGCGCUUCGAGUCGAUGCUGGACGAGCGUGUUGCGGCUGGUCUCAACAAAGGCAUCGAUGUAUUGAUGGAUGAAGUGGAAUAUCUUUGCGCCACUACACAGGAGCCCUCAGACUUCAACCCUCCGGCUGGAGCCAACGGCCAAGCCCAGGUAAUGGACAUUGGACCCAGCCGCACGGCGACCAAGAUUGUCGAUGUAGUUUCGUCGCACACGAACAUGUUGGUCGGUAGCACAGACAAGAACGUGCUUGAUGUUUUCAACCAAGAGGUCGGUAUGCGUCUGUUUACUGCCAUUUGCAAGCAUCUCAAGCGCCAGAGGAUCAGUGUGGACGGUGCCAUCAAGCUCAUUAGUGAUAUGAACGCCUACAACCUGUACAUUGUUUCGCUGCGCAACAAGCCACUGGUGCAGUAUUUUGCUGCUUUGCGGGAGUUGUCGCAGAUAUACUUGAUAGAUGCGAGCGAGGCAAAGGAGAUCGCCACCAUCAUUGCAGACACAGAUCGAUAUCACGGCAUUUUCAGAGCGGAGGAAGUGUACGAGUAUGCUGAGAGAAGAGCGGAUUGGUAUCAGAUCAAGAGCGCAGUCGAAAAGCAGAUAGGAAAAAGCCAAUCAGGAGCAGGGGAGGCGCAUGCGCUCUAUCAUGUAGUCUGCGCUUCGUAUGCACACAUUUGUUCAAUGCUCGAUGCAGGCUUCAGCUUGGGUGAUGUUGACGGUGUUGACAGGGGACGAUGGUUUGCGAACUCCAAGACUAGUAAGGUUCCCCAGCCUCCGUCGAUGCCGCCAACGUACCUGAAAGCGAGCCGCGCCUCUGCACCGUGCGCCUUUGCCUCGAACGACUCUCUGCUCUUGAAAUUGCACGCGCAUCUUGGACGCAUCGGACCCCGCUACAUCGGCAACUCCCGCCUUGGAUCGACCGACGUCUGCUCGUCGCUGCUCGUCUCUCACCCACUUGUCUUGCAGCGCCCAACCGCGUUGAAAGCUUGCCAGGUGCUCGCGAUUCCUACCACCAUCGCUGCGCCCGACGUCAUACCUGCUUUCGCAACACUGGCUCUUUUUGGCUCUGGUAGACGCCCUCCGAGGUAG